AUGUCCCUCCCAAACCGCUGCCCGCCGGCCGCUUGCGCCAGCACCAACCCCCUAGCCGCCCUCUUCGACAUCAACCACCACCAGCUGGCGCUGCUCCUCUCCCUCGGCGCCACCAUGCUCAUCAACCCAGACCUGCCCGCCAUCCUGCUCUACUGGCUGGCGCGCCCCGUCGCGCAGCUGACCCGCCCGCCGCGCGUGCUGCUGCCGCCGGCCAACGGCGGCGGCCUGCCCUCGCCGUACUGGGCGACGGUGCACGCGCUGCGGUGGCCGGCGCCGGGCAGCGUGCGCGCGGCGCGCACGCUGCUGGUCGCGUACCCGCUCGCCCUCGCGCUGGUGCUGCUUGCCGCGCCGGCGCCGCUGACGCCCGCCGCCGAGGAAGCGGUGCUCGCUGCCGUCGGGUCCGCGCUGGGCCAGACAGGGCUGGCGUACCUGCACGUGGCGAUCGGGUGCGUCGCGGCGCGUUUGGCGGGGUGGGGUGCUUGGGGCCUGGUGGCCUGGCUGGUGGAGGUGGUGAUUGAAGUCGUCAAGGAGCUGGCGCUGUUCUGGGCGGGUGUGCUAUGUCGGUACUGGUCUGGGAUUAUUGUGGGUGUGUCGUCGGCGGUGUUGAUUGCUUUGGGGCGGGAGGUUGGUUUCUGGGACGUGGCAAGGGACACGGUGGAAUGGUGUCUGCUGCUGUACGCGGGAUGGAUGUAUUGGAUUGGGGACGGAGUAAGGGACGUCGCUGGCUGGCUGGCUUCGUAG